UAAACAAAAACAUCAUUUUUACAUUUAAAACUCAAAAAAUGAAUUAAAAACCUCCAAAAUCACUUCAAAUUCCUUCAAAAUCCAUUAAAAACUUCUCACACUCCAUCAUGGGCGACGAGGACUUUUGCAUAACCGAGCUGGAAGAUUGUGAGCCAUCACCCGAGGAACUCGACAACAUUUACGCCUUGCUCGACAAAGGAGGAAUGAUAGAACUCAAAUGGAAAUGUCCCGGAAAACGCGCUCCUUCGCCCAUUCGCAAAGAAGAAACGAAGCCCGUUGAAACGCCCGAACAAAAGGCAAAAGCUGCCAAAGAAAUGGAAUUCGAUUUCAUGGAUGACGUCGCGCUCCCAACAAUGCGCCAGAGAACUCAAACACCCAAAAGUACCACAAAAACCAAGAAAACCACAAAUUUUGCCGGCGUCUUGGAUCAGAUGAAGAAACACGGACGACUUUCGGUGAAUAACGUACCUAGCGGAAAGCCUGCUGUUUCGACGGCACCAUCAACUCCUACUUCAACGCCGGCAUCAUCAUCGUCGUAGGUAGAGACUGAUAUGGUUUAAUGUGAGAGUAAUUUUCGGAAGCUGUCAUGUGUGAAAUUCCAUUCAAAGCGUAAAUUGACGAAGAAAAAUUUUUUUUUGGGGAAUCACCAAUUGUACUCCGUUCUGAAUGAAAAGUACAAAAAAGUCAUUAAAUCGUAAUUUAUAUGAAAAAAUUAAGAAUUUUUUAUACGUGAGGUCAUUAAACUGCACUCUAUGCUGUGUAAAAUUAUGUAAUUUACAGUGAA